AUGGCGACAUCCACCCCCAAUCGCCGUACCUCCCAACGCCCUGCCCGCGCCCAAAGUAUCCAAAGCAUACAAUCUGACUCGUCCUUCACCACACCGCGUCCAACACCACGUCCACCACCACAGCGACUCGGUCGCGGCGUCCGCGCUAACAGUAUCGUCAUUGAAAUUGCCUCACCUUCCGUAGCAGACACCACAAACGAGAUAGACGAGAAGAAAUCUGUAGUCAGACUACUACCAGCGCAUUAUCUUCUCCCACCGACGCACCCCAGCCCGUACGAGGGAAGCUUAGAAAGGAGUUUAGAUGCUAUCCAAGACUGGGGACGUCUCCACAUGUCCGCCAACGGGGUUACGCAAGGCAAGUUACCGUCCCUCGUCUGCUACGAACUAUAUGCGAGCAUCCGCGAUGGCCCACCCGAACAUAGGCGUGACAUGAUCGAAGAGCUGCUCUUCCUACUCACGCGCACCCUUCUACCAGAGCAGAUCGUUGAGAACAGAGGGCUGAUGGCGCGCCUUUACAAUGCGAAGAAACAGCUCGCCAUGCGCCUGGCACUGCGGUACGAUAUGUUAAGGGAAUGGAAGAUGGAAGCUGGGACGUAUCAUCGUGACCAAGCGGUCACUGUAGCAUCGGAACCACCGGCGGAGCGAGUUAAAUCGCCAGCGCUUGCGGCUGUGAGCGAGGAUGUGAGAAGAAGAUUUCCAUUCCGACGUCCUCUCCUGCCGAACAUCAUACCCACCUUGAUCGCGGCUCCACCCGGCGGCUUCACGACACAUGGCGUACGCGAGCGAAUGAAACACCACGUCACGGACUUAGACGCCUACCUUUUAUUGGGGGACGAAGAGGUGGCAGGGUGGAGUGGCUUGAAGCUAUCGACUACAGUAAUCCAAGUUCUUCUGCACUGGCAGUGGUUGAGGCAAAACAAUGCAGUGCUAGAUGAGAUGGAGGUCCACGGAUGGGAGGACUUGGAAGGCAAGGCGGAUGAGUCAGAGUGGAUUGCUGAGGAUGUGAAGAGAAAUAUUGUGGGUGGAGGAAAGAGGGAGAGGGCAGUGGUUCGAGAGGAGGAAUGA